UAUAAUACUUUAAUUAAUAUUGAUCUAUAACGCAAAAUGACUGGUAGUAGUAAUAAUUCCACCACAUGUGAACUUGACAUGAACCACACAUCUAUAAGUCAACUGUAUGCAAUCACGUACACUAUCAUUUUAGUCCCUGGAUUAAUUGGAAACGUUUUAGCUCUCUGGGUGUUUUAUGCUUAUAUGAGGGAAACAAAACGAGCCGUUAUUUUUAUGAUAAAUCUCGCCAUUGCAGACUUACUGCAAGUUCUCUCGCUGCCUCUCCGAAUAUUCUAUUAUCUAAGCAACUGGUGGCCUUUCCCCAAUUUCCUAUGUAUGUUCUGCUUUUACCUGAAAUAUGUGAAUAUGUAUGCUAGUAUUUUUUUUCUCGUCUGUAUUAGCGUCAGACGGUUCUUGUAUUUAAUUUAUCCGUUUAGGUUUACCGAUAGGAAGCGAAUUUUCGAUGUGUACGUAAGCUUCGCCGGAUGGAUCGUAGUUUGCGUCAGCUGUCUGCCAUUCCCACUUUUACGAAUUAGUAACAAUACUACUAAUACUGACAAAUGUUUUGUGGAUUUGCCACUUGUGGACAUUGGGCUUCCAAAUUCCAUCAUGGCUGUGACCUUUGCUGAACUUUUUGGAUUUGUGACCCCUCUCACUAUUGUUCUCUAUUGCUCUUGGAGGACGAUAUUGUCAUUGAAAGAACCGGAUCACACAUGUCAUGACCUUGGGGAGAAGAGGAAGGCGCUGAAGAUGAUUCUAACUUGUGCUCUUGUGUUUUUGGUUUGUUUUGCUCCUUAUCAUCUUAGCUUUCCUUUGGAUUUUUUGGUAAAGGCAAAUAAAAUAGAGUCAUGCUCCCAACAGAAAACUAUUAGGACAUUUCACUCUGUUGCCAUAUGUUUGGCUAGCAUGAACUCCUGCCUGGAUCCAGUAAUCUAUUACUUUACAACAGACGAAUUUAAGAGACGGCUGUCGAGGCAAGAUGUGCAUGACAGCAUUGAACUACAGAUUUACGGCAACAAAGUAUUACUUAAAAAGGAAUGUGAUAUAGAAUUUUAGGUUAGCUAUUUUCUCAGUAUGUGCACUUGAGAUAUCACAGCAUUGUAUAUUGCAAGCUGUUAGAUUAAUUGCUAAAGAAUUAUAAGCUUUGCAGCCCUUUGCCAGCGUAUGCAAUUUAAUCUAAUGUAUUUACCUUCACACUGUCGUUUCAGACAAGAGGCUUUAUCAUGACAAAGAUGCAUGUUUUUUUUUAACAUUUCAAUGUAGCUUAGCAAGGGGCUUAUUCAAUAAUAUUGAGAAUUGGGGAGAAUUGACGUAGGGCGUAGCACAUUUUAGGCCACAUUAGAUGAUCAAAAUGAAAUCAAAAUAUUUGAUUUGGAGGAUUUUUUUCAAUUCUGUUUAUUUUACCU